AUGGCACAGCAAACUUCACAAGAGCCGAAGAUAGUUUUGUAUCAGAUUGGUCGGGGACCAUUCGCUCCCAGUCUAACACCAUUCGCUAUCAAGUUAGAAACGUAUUUGAAAAUGGCCAAGCUACCUUACACAAACUUUCAUGGUAGAAAAGCCUCGAGUAAAGGAAAGUUUCCAUGGAUAGAAUAUAACGGUCAAGAAGUAGCCGAUACCAGUUUUAUUAUUCAGUUUCUAAACGAGAAACAUCAUAUAGAUUUAAACAGUCAUCUAUCAGACAGUGAUAGGGCUAUAGCUAGAGCUUUUAGAAAGAUGGCAGAAGAGAAUUUAUAUUGGUGUACAGUGUCUCAGAGAUGGGUAUAUGAUAAAAGUGAUUUUUUAAGUAAAGUUGCUGGUUUCCCCAAGUUUUUUCUGUGGUUGAUAAGAAGAAAUGUAAAAAGUGAACUAUACGAGCAGGGAAUGGGAAGACACUCCGAGGCUGAAGUCCUGCAGAUAAUGGAGGGGGAUUUAAAAGCCAUUUCUGAUUUUCUGGGUUUGAAUAAUUCUUAA